CUCGCCUACACUCUUGUAAAGCUUUGUGACCCCAAAUUGGGCCGAGGGCGUAAAAAAACGCCUCUGUGGUCGUUCCUGCAAUAUCUCCAGGUGCCCAAUUUGGAUGAUAUACAGGGUGUGUUUGGGAGAUUGGGAGCAUAUUUAGACGAAAAGAGAAAAAAUGGGAUUUUAAUGGGUAAUUUUAUAUUGUUAUUAAAAAAAAAAAAAAAAAAAAAAGUUCUUUGUUUUGGAUCCCAGAACAUGCAUAGACAGUAUUUAAAAAAAAAAAAAAAAAGAAUAAAAGUCAAAAUCACUUUUGUGUUACCUGAAAAACUUAAAGUCAUAAUAAAUAAUACUAAAAUCAUAGUGUAGGCACUUGCAUUUGCACGGCCCUCUUGAGGUCCCCGCCCCUCACUUUGAGGACCUCGCCGUGUCGGUGUGUGUGUGUGUCUCCAGACAGACCCAAACUAUCUCGGCUACUUCUCCCAGGCAAACGCCCCAUCAGCGAUGGCAUCACGCGCAGUCGUCAUAACGUCUCCAUCCGUUAUUACCAGCUUGUAAAUCCCGGAGCAGCGAUUUGUCCAUAGAACAGAGUAGGACGGAGGACAGAGGACACGGAGGACACGGAGGGAAGAAGACAGACACACAGGAGAGAAGAGGAGAGGAGAGGAGAGGAGCGGGUAGGCGUAUAUCGCCUCCUGGGACAAAAAGCCGCGCAGUGUGAAAGUAACUGCAGGAGGAGGACGGAGCGCUUUUUAACGACAGGGAGGAAAAAAGGACAUGAAUGAUUUGAGGCUGCAUGGUUUCCUGGAUUAAUCAUCUUUUUUUUCCUGACCUAUAACGCCUCCAUCCAUCCAUCCAUCCAUCCACCGGGCAGCACGCACACUGCUGUCCGGCUGCCUCUCCUCCUUUGGAGAGAAACCGACGCCGGAGAGAAGAGAGAGGUCAAGACAAAGUCACUUCUGUGGCUGAAUAAAGGAGGUGGACGAGCGUUUACAAGCUCCUCUGAUCCUGCAGUUUAUUUUGUACUCUUUAUUGUUUAAUCUCUUAUACCUUGAGGCUGAAAAAAACACCUCCCUUUACGACCAUGCAACAACAGAAAAAGGAUGAUUAACCAAGUGGAGAUGCAAAGUGGAUGAGUGAGAUGUGAUGCUGGUGUUUCUAUAAAGGGGAGUUUAAACGUGGAGACCGGCUGAGGAGCCCAAGAAAACGACGCUUCACCGAGUACAGAGACGUUUCCUCCCUCUCCAUAUCCAUCCUUUCUUCUCUGACUGGAUCCCAGCGAUAUUAACCCCCCCGACGUGUUGGGUGUUUUCCUUAAAAAUGACCGAUUAACAGGAGUCUUACGCGAGGAGAGCUCAUGUGGAGACCGAACGAGUGCGCAACGCGGCGGUGCGCCGGUUUCACGGCGUUUUUUUAUUUCCACGCGCAAAAAGCUCUGUCCCAGUGGAUCAGCAGCGGCGGACACCGGAUUGCUGUAGGUUACCGGCUGCCACCGGUCCCGUAGGCCUGCCUGCCUACCCCUCUUUUUUUUUAAUGCAAACUCAACGGGAACUAAAGUGAAACGCCUCGCUUGCCCCAUCACCACCACCACCACCACCGCUCCAGGAGCCCCGGUGCAACACCAUACAUAGGCUAUAAAAAAGAAAAAAAAGUGGAUAUAUUUGUUUUUGACAAAUGAUCUGAGCAGGAGGAGGAUUAUUUAACAUAUAGGCUGAGUGGAGUUCUUCACCUGGCUUGUCAAAGAAGGGGGAGAUAACCGGAGGAGAAACAGCCUCUACCUAACCGGAGAGGAGGAGAGGAAGAGACGCACCAGGUCUUUGGAUCCGACUCCCCGGGCCAUCUUUUCUCCUUUCGGUCCAUCUACCAGUCGCCACAAUGCAUCUUCAUGUUGAGUCUUAAUAAAUCACAGCACACCACAUAGAGUUGCCCUGUUCCCAGUGGAGGAUAAUGGAACGGCUGUGGUUCUCUUUGCUGUUGCUGGCAGCAGCAUGCAGGGGACAGCCGUGUCCAAAACGUUGUAUGUGCCAGAGCCUUUCUCCAUCGCUCGCUAUCCUCUGCUCCAAGACAGGAUUGCUAUUUGUUCCUGCCGCCAUUGACCGGCGCACCGUGGAGCUACGGCUCCAAGAGAACUUCAUCACAGCUGUCCGAAGAAAGGACUUUGCCAACAUGACCAGCCUGCUACAUCUGACCCUGUCCAGAAACACCAUCAGUCAGAUUCUCCCUUCAGCCUUCAGUGACCUGCGGCGACUGAGAGCCCUCCACUUAGACUCUAAUAGAUUAACUGUGAUCAAGGAUGAACAUUUCAAAGGUUUGACCAACCUUCGUCACCUGAUCCUUGCCAACAACCAGCUCCACUCUAUAUCUCCCCAUGCCUUUGAUGACUUCCUGUCCACAUUGGAGGAUCUCGACCUCAGCUACAACAACCUAGCCCAGGCGCCCUGGGACACGAUUGGGCGCCUAACCAACGUCAAUACCCUUAAUAUGGAUCAUAACCUCAUAGAACAUGUUCCCCAAGGGGUAUUCACCAACCUACACAAGCUGGCCAGGCUAGACAUGACGUCCAACAAGCUGAAGAAAAUUCCCCCAGACCCAUUGUUCCUGAGAAUCCCAGUUUAUGCCAAGUCCAAAGGUUCCCCCCUCACCUCCCUGGUGUUGAGUUUUGGUGGCAACCCCCUUCACUGUAACUGUGAACUUCUGUGGUUGAGAAGAUUGACAAGAGAAGACGACCUUGAGACAUGCGCCUCUCCCGCUGACCUCAGUGCCAAGUACUUCUGGACAAUCCCUGAAGAGGAGUUUAUUUGUGAUCCACCAGUUCUGACCCGUAAGUCGCCACAUACAGUGGCUAUGGAAGGCCAGCCUGCCAGCCUGAAGUGCAAGGCGAAUGGCGACCCAGAGCCUGAAGUCCACUGGAUCAGCCCUGAGGGGCGACUUAUAUCGAAUAGCUCCAGGACUUUGGUUUUCCCUAAUGGAAGCCUGGAGAUCAAUGUAACAUCCCUGAAGGAUUCAGGUAACUUCACCUGCAUUGCCUCCAACGCAGCAGGUGAAUCCACAGGAAGGGUGGAGCUAGUCGUCACGGCGAUGCCCCAUCUGGCGAACAGCACAAGCCGCAGUCGAGACCCGUCCUCUGAACCUGCCCCCUCUGACAUCCUGACGUCCUCCAAGGUUGCGCUGCCCAACAACGAGACAAGAGGGGCAGACCGGAGGGUCUCGUUGGUGGAACUGACAGGGAACUCUGCCCUCAUUAGAUGGAGCAGUCAGACUUCAUCAACUGGAGUCAGGAUGUUCCAGGUCCAGUACAACAGCUCUGGGGAUGACACACUGGUUUACAGGAUGAUUCCAUCCAGCAGCAAUGACUUCCUGGUCCGGGAUCUCGCCGCUGGACGCAACUACGAUCUUUGUGUCCUGGCCGUGUUUGACGACGUCGUCACAUCACUGACUGCGACGCGUCCUUUGGGCUGUCUGUCAUUCACCACGGACACGGAGUUCAGCCAGUGCCAAGCACUGCACAGCCACUUCCUGGGUGGCACCAUGAUCAUCAUCAUCGGAGGGAUUAUUGUUGCCUCUGUGCUGGUUUUUAUUAUCAUCUUAAUGAUACGUUACAAGGUUUACAGCCAGCAAGGGGCAGCACACGGAAAAUCAGCCAUCACGGCGACCGCGCCGAGACCGCAGAGCAACGGACAAGGAGGAGGCGCACAGGUCCAAGUACUCCCUCGCUCUGCCUCAAAAAUGCCUGACCAUCAGGACGACCAAGUGCUGGCGCCGUCCAGGGCCAUGUCGCCUAGCAACACUCUGAGAGACACUGUGGCAUUGGUCGAGGAGGCGAGCGGUGGACGGAGCAUAAUGACAAGGACUGACUCCUUGGCCAAUGAGGAGUUGCUCUCACCCACCAAGGCCCGCUUCUCUUCCAGGGUCGCCAUUGAGAUGAAAAGCAGACCGCCAUCUGUCGCCAAAGAGCUCACCUCCCCCAAGGAACUGGCAGAACCCUGAUGUUGUUGUUCUGAGUGGCAGAUGUGGAGAACGUCACCACCAGGGAGAAGCUGGUGAAAACUGAAGAAAAAAGGCCCUAAAGCUCCUCUCCCGUAUCUCCUGUUUACUGUACCCAUUACUUUGUUUCCAUGAGUAUCAUGGGGUAAUAGACCUGUACUGUCUGGUUUACUUUUAACUGCUAAUUUUGGUUCUCAUGUCUGGAUUGGACAACCGAGUCAAGGCCUGUUGAUUGGCCAGUCGCUGCAGAAUCCAUCUGUCGGUGUGAUCAUCUUAAAAUCACUUUUGAAUGGAACGGCACCUACUGAAUGCUGUGUAUCAGUGGAAGUGGAUACAGUGGGCGUAGAUCAUUUUAAAAAAAAGGAAACACAAAGAGAUAUGUGGAUGCGUCUAAACAUAAAAAUGGACAGAAAACAUGAAUGAACUUCUCACAAUGUGGAGCAGCAUCAACGUGCACGGACAGAUACCGAGUGGAUGGUGAAAACAGACAGUUAAAGUUUGAUGCACAGAUAAUCACACUCAACCCGGAUAUACAGUAUGGUAGACUGCACAAACGGAAAGGGAAUAUCAUCACACUCUGGAUGGGUCUUGUUUUUGGAUACAAACACUUGAACGUUAAUGGCUGUUUCUGCCAUCGACCAUAGAGGGACUCUCGACAUGGCUCGCUCUAAGAAGUAGCUCCACUCUAUUAAUCCAUGUGGAAUAAUGUGAUUCUGCUAAACUGGACUGAACUGAGCCGAUCCUGGAGCUGGAGCUGGAUCUCAACCUUGACUGGACCUUGUUAUCUCUCAAUCCGAAGUCUGUUUCUGAAAAGCACAUAUAACAAAAACCUGAACUGAGCUGGCCCCAGUGGAGCCUGAACUGGAAUUGUACACUGUUAAAGGAUUCAGACUGUGAAGACUUAACUGGACUAGACUAACCAGGCCUGUUAUCUAUUGGUCUAGUCUGUGUAUCCUACUGCUCCGCUCCAAUAUCUACUGCUUUCCACAGGAUGGGACUGGUGAGGACCUUGUGGACCUUUACCAGCCUCUCUAACAUCUCCCCAGGCCCACUUAUACAGACCCAGUGAUCAGGAGGAAAGCCACGUCUCAAGUCAAGAAGGAAACAGACGAACCGAUGAAGAGAUAAGAAAAAAUAAAGUAGCAGGGUAUCAGUUGGCCAAAUCGCGUCAAUUUCAGCCUUCAUCCUCAUCAAAAUCAUCUCCUCACUUAACUAAGUUUACAGGCCCACAGUUCUACAUUGAAAAUCUAAUUAUUGUGAAGAAAAAAUGCUGUAUGACUGUAUAUGACUGCACCACCUGCAUUGUUAACAUCAUGGUUGUAGUCAUCCAGGCCCUCUGCACAUCUUCAUCAACAUCCUCAUUAUCACCGCGGCGUGCGUUUACGUGCACACACAGCAUGAUGGAUAACAGGUCAGGCAUCUCACUUAAUGUCCUCUUUCAAAAGAGUUACAUCUUCAUAUGUGUCUGACAGAUAUCCCUUUAUAUUAAUCACCAGAAUGACACAGGUGCUCUAUACUAGCAUCUCGCUCAUCAUUGCCAUGCUUUGACUUCAAGCUGGUUAUUGUAAAUGGGAUAUGUGGUAGGUGCAAUCUCAGAUAUGUGCUGCCCAUGUGUGUGUGUGUGUGUGCACGUAAUUGCUCUCCCCAGUGUCAUUAUUCUCAUCAUGAUUGUUGCAGUUCCCUGCAGAGAUGUACAUUGGUAGAAGAGCAAAUAGACAGAGAACCUCAAACCUUUUGACCCAUCUCAGAAGAAACACACCCACAAAAACAAGAAAAAACAAAAGCUUUGUCUUCACUUCCCCCCCCCCAUGUGCUCCCUUCACUUUUUCUUUGGGCUUUAUCUUUUGUAUGUGUACAUACAGCAAUUUCAAAUCUUAUAGUUUUGUACAUGUAAUUUUUAUGGUGUGUGGAAUUUUUUUAAUAAAAUAAAACAAAAAUGGACGAGUC